AUGGCGCCCGCACCAUGGGACGGCAUCCCGGCGCAGAACACCCUGUUCGUCCUGGUGACGGGCGGUAACAGCGGCAUUGGCUUCGGCAUCGGCGAGCGCCUUAUCGACGAGUUUCUCACCACCCGAUCCCUCUCGUCGCAUCUCGUCGUAAUCCCCACCACUCGGAGCACCAAGAAGUCGCAAGAAACGAUCGACGGCCUCCGCAGACACACAAAGCAGUUCGCGGCCACAUCGCAAGCCCUUCGUGCGCGCGGAGGCCCAGACUACGACCCAAAACAAACCACGCGGCGAGUCCACAUCCUCAGCGUCCAGGUCGACCUGUGCAACCUCCCGUCGGUGCGCCGCGCGGCGAACCAGCUCGUCUCGGGCACGGUCAGCAGUCCCAGCGAUGACGACCAUUUUGUGUCCCUCGUCGACGUCAAGAUCCCGCGCCUGGAUUCCUUGAUCUUCAAUGCCGGGAUAGGAGGGUGGUACGGGGUCGACUGGAUCAAGUUGAUCCACAACAUCUUCACCAAAGGCCUGGUCAAUGCCGCGACAUGGCCCACCUACAAAGGCGCCCUCAGCGGGCAAGUCAUCGACCCCAUUAAGGGCACAAAGGGGACCGGCGCUCCGCAGAUAGGCGAGGUCUUCUGCGCCAACGUGUUUGGGCACUACAUGUUGGCGCAGCGGCUCGUGCCGCUCCUGACGCGGCCGGCCAGCAGCACCCUCCCGCCGGGGCGCAUCAUCUGGGAGUCGAGCGUCGAGGCGGCGCUGCACAGCUUCUCGCCGGACGACUUCGAGGCCACCAAGACCAACGCGGCCUAUGAAUCCACGAAGCGGCUGACCGACGUCCUGGCGCUCACUUCGACGCUGCCCGCCUCCAAGCCGUACGUCGACAGAUAUCUCGGCGUCAAGGCACAGCAGCAGCCGCCUGCCGCCGCCACGCCGCCGAAGAUCUACCUCGUCCACCCGGGCGUCGUCCAGACCACGAUCUUCCCGCUCAAUGCCUUCAUGUUCUUCUGGUACGCGGUGGUGCUCUACAUCGCGCGCUGGCUGGGGUCGCCGUGGCACCCGAUCACGGCGUACAAUGGCGCGUGCGCGCCCGUGUGGCUGGCGCUGCAGGAGCAGGGGUGUCUGGACGGGGCGCGCGCCGAGCGCGUCAAGUGGGGGAGCAGCGCGGACCGCCGGGGCGAGUGCCGCGUCAAGAAGACCGAGGUGGACGGCUGGGGGUGGGAGGGCAGGGUCGAGGAGAUGCUGGAGCUGAAGCAGGAGCAGAAGCUUGCCGGGCGGCGGCCCGGGGCGGUGGAUGUGACGGAGGAGAUGCUCGCCCAGUUCGAAGAGUUGGGCGCGAACUGCUGGCGGAGGAUGGAGGCGUUGAGGGAGGAGUGGGAGAAGCGGGUGGAUGCCGUCGAGAGCGGGCUGUCGUGAGGCUGUGGCUGGGGAGGGAAAUAGAUGUAGAGGGUUAGUGUCCUCCGUAAUGGUAAUGGUGAAGGUAAUGACGACGUCGGAC